UUGGUCAUUUUCCGCAUUUCCAAGCCAGUUAUUUUUGGCCAUCGUGUGGCUUCGUCAUCUGGCUGGGCCGAUUUUAUUCUCCUUUGUUGUGUCGCCUUCCAGUGCCAACGCAACGGUUUUGACGGCCCAGUCUGCGGCCCUCGACCCUGCUACGAGAACAAGCGUGAAUUCAGCGAGGAGCAACUGCGCGCCUCUCAGGGCAUCAUCGGCCUACAGGCCGGCACCAACAAGUGCGCCUCCCAGUCGGGCAUGUCGAUGGGCGGAGUGCGCCACAUCGCGGACAUCAAAGUGGACGAGAUGUCCAAAGAGGGCCAGUCCAUAAUUGGCCUGCAGGCGGGCUCGAACAAGGGCGCCUCGCAGUCGGGCAUGUCGAUGGGCGGAAUGCGCCACAUCGCCGACAUCAAAGUGGACGAGAUGUCCAAGGAGGGCCAGUCCAUAAUCGGCCUGCAGGCGGGCUCGAACAAGGGCGCCUCGCAGUCGGGCAUGUCGAUGGGCGGAAUGCGCCACAUCGCCGACAUCAAAGUGGACGAGAUGUCCAAGGAGGGCCAGUCCAUAAUCGGUCUGCAGGCGGGCUCGAACAAGGGCGCCUCACAGUCGGGCAUGCGGAUCGGCGGCCAGCGCCACAUUGCCGACAUCAAAGUGGACCCAAUGUCGCAGAACGGCUCCUCCGUGAUUGGCCUUCAGAUGGGCGUCUCGGCCGACCAGGGUGCCAGUCAGUCCGGCAUGACUUUUGGCGCCCAACGGCACAUCACUGACAGCUAUUAG